AUGCUUUUCUUUCUUUCUUCCCGUCUUUCUUUCUUUCUUUCUUCCUUUCUUUCUUUCUUUCUUCUACAAAUUAUUUUUUCUUUCAAUCUUUUAUCAUUCGUCUGGUAUGUCACUAUCUUAUUCCUUUUCUCUCUCUUGAUAUGCUUGCCUCCAUUUUCAGCUUUCUUGUUCUUCUUCUUUAAUAUUAUUGACUCAUACUUUUCUUUACCAUUUAUUUCUUCAUUGUCAAAAUUCUUCAUUUGUCUUCAUUCACCAUUCAUUUCGUUAACUGUUUGGUUUGCUACUUUCUUCUUAUUGUUGUUGUUGGCCUUGUUGCUGUUGUUCUUUUUCUUCUUCACUUCGGUCCUUAUUUCAUUUUGUGGGUCCCUUUCUUUAUUUUAUCAUUUAUCUCUCCCUUUUCUUUCUACCUUCUUCGUCAUACUUCUUCAAACAUUUGAUUUAUCCUUCUUCUUCUUCUUCUGCGCUUCCAUCGUCUUCUUUUUCUUUUAUUUUAUGAAUUCUUUCUUUCCCUUACCAUAUAAGGCUCCAUUUCCUUCUUCUUCUUCUUCUUCUUCUUCUUCUUCUUCUUUCACUUGGAUUCUUUUUUUUUUUUUUUUUUUUUUUGUGGUUUCUUUCUUCCCUUUAUCAUAUAAGUCUCCAUUUCCUUCUUUUUCAUUCUUCUUCUUUAACUUGGUGACCUCUCUCGUUUCUUUAUCAUGUAUCUCUCAAUUUUCGUCGUCGUCCUUCUCCACCUGCUCCUUUCUUUUUUUCUUCUUCUUCUUUCAUUUUGUUGUCUUUGUCUUUUCCUUACCAUUUUCCACCACUUUGACCGCCCUUGUCAAUAUCAUCCCCUCUUCACUUUACUCUGAUCACAUCCAACUCUUUGCACUUUGCCUUACAUUCUUUUGUAUUCGUUUCCUCACUUUCGCCUACUUUUCCCCCAUCUCAGUGAUAUUACUGUAG